UUGACAUUCUUCAGUCAGUCGAUCGGUGCGGGUUCUUCGAGUUGUUUCCUCGUUGUAUAAAUGAUAGUUCGGAAGUGAAUAAUUUUCAUUGCUGCUGCAUUUUUACAACAUUUCAUGUGCAAACUGAAUGGGAUAUUCGGUGACGGAUUUGGGAAGAAGAGAAGGUUAACUGUACUCUACGCGAAGCAUUUGGUUAACUUUCUUUGGUAACAAUAUCCGAUAGCAGUGGUACAAUAGGUGUGCUGAUUGCUGGGAGUGGAAGAAAAGUGUGAGCCUAUAUGGGCGUCUGUUCAGCGGCAAAAGACGGAGGUGGAAUUUACUGGUGCUUCCUGCUGUACAGAGUAAUAGCUGGUAGAGGGUAGACCGACUUCCCGGUUUGAAAAUCGCCAAAGCGCCGUUUGAAUUAUCACCGAUUUCAACAACCUGGAAUCCCGCCACUACGUAUCUGGUGUGGUUGUCACUGAUGAUAACCUUUCCCCGUGAGCUCUGUGACAAAGGUCAAACAGGGCUUUGAUUUCUGCAGCGAACAGCUCAGCAAUAGACAGCGAAGAGCGACAGGAAAUUCCAACCCCUAAUCCUUGCCAGUGUGUAGAAUGCUGUUCAGCCUCUCGAACAACACAGCUUUCGACGCGCGUUUUAGAAACAGGAACAUCAUCAGUAGACAAACUACGACGAAAUUGGUGCACAAUCAUUAUUGCUCCCAGCUGUUGCACGACGAAGGAAUACGGAGGCCAGAACCUGUGGGCCAUUUUCAUCCAACUAUAGGAAUCAUGAUACACAAUCUUCAUUCUAGUCACUAAAAGCCGGAUUUGGAAUCCAGUUGAUGAGUUUCGACUACUCGGAUGUAAGACAUUUGCAAAGUGUCAUAUUUUUUUUUUAGACAUAGUAAGACGCACAAAAAGGAGUGAUACUUUGUCCUCACUCGAAAAGAAGGCAAACAUCGGAUCAUACUGAUUAGCGACUGCGAGAUAACCCGAAACAGAAGUGAGUAAUAAGUGCUUUAGACUAGCACACAGUGCGAUUUCAAGUCGAAAGGUGGGAACUCCCAUCCACCAAUUGGCAGCGAGCUGGCUUUCAUUGAUUUGGGUCCCUCUGGACUUUGAACACACAUCGGAAGACUAGUCAUCGUUAUCAAGUUUGCGCCAAUUUUAUUUCGGAAUCACAACCGCAAUGCCCUCUUCCAGAGGGAUAAUAAGCGAAGUGUUCAAAUAUCCGCGGGCACUUUUCCGGACGGUGUUUGUGAUUGUAAACAACAUCUAUUGUGUUCCGACCUAUCUGAUAUGGAUGUUUUUGCUGCUACCGUUGAAGAAAAUCCACGAAACCUGUUACUACCGAAUCGAGGGGGUCCUGUUCCAUUGGCUGCUGGCAAACGUGACCAUGUGGUCUUCGACUGCCGGCUAUGACUUGGUCGAAAUGGGGGACGACAUCACACCGGCCCUGGACCAACGCACACUGGUGAUAGCGAACCAUCAGAGCACAUCGGACGUUCCCCUGCUGAUGGCUUUGUUCAAUGCCAAAAAUGGUGUGCUGCCGAACAUCAUGUGGAUAAUGGAUCGAAUGUUCAAGUACACCAAUUUCGGAGCAGUCAGCUUAAUCCAUCAGGACUUUUUCAUUGCAUCAGGUAAAUCAAAUCGAGACCAAUCACUGCAGGAACUUAAAAAACAUUUGAAAAAAUCAUACAUUCCACGUAAACGGAAGUGGAUUGUGCUUUUCCCGGAAGGAGGAUUCCUGCGAAAGCGAAAGGAAGUAAGCCAAAGAUUUGCGGAGAAAAACAACUUACCAGUAUUAAACAACGUGACGGUUCCACGUGUCGGUGCGAUGAGUGCUAUCGUUGAUGUUAUUGGCUCUCCGGAAUCGCCAUGCAGGACGAGCCCGUCGAUACCAGUCGCAACGGUGACAGAUGAAUACAAUCGAGCAACAGUCAAAACUUCACCGGAGGAACAGGUUCUACUUGAACAUACACAGCUGGAUCAGGAAAUGGAACAGCUUCAAAUUGCAAACAAUCGCAACACCUUGGUCAGUGGCCAAGCAAUAGGUGCCGAAGAUUGUGAUAGCUUCAAGGAUUCCCACUUCUCUAAGCUUAACGGAAAGUUGAACGACUGCUUGGAAUACAUUCUGGACGUUACCAUCGGGUAUCCCAAUGGCAAACCGCUAGACUUACCAACCAUAGUGCAUGGAAUGAGAAAUCCGUGUCAGACUUAUCUAUUCUAUAGGCUGUACCGAAGUGCGGAUGUCCCUCGGGAUAGCGAAUCCCUCACCCAAUGGCUUUACGAGCGGUUCUACGAGAAAGAAAAAAUGCUGGAGGAGUUCUAUCGGACAGGGGCAUUCCCGAGCAACAAUUCGGUUACACUGCCGGCCGUAGUGCAGCAGGAUUUGCUUCGAUUUCUACUGAUCCAUCUAUUCUUCAUCACCUCCACUUACGUCCAUUAUCAGCUUAUACUGAUGCUGAUCAACUACUCGAAUGUUAUGUACGUUUAUCUGUUAAGCAACAGCUAAGCUGAUUUGAUGACUGGUAAUCGUAAAGUGACGAACAAUUAGAUGUAUAAAUAGGUGUAUAAAAACUAAUCAUUACCAAGACUAAUAUUCUCUAGGGUCUAGUAGAGAAAUCUUCUGCGACGUGUCAGUCAGUCCCUGCUGCUUCGCAAAUGUGCUCGGAAAAUGUGAGAAAAGAAUGCACAAAGAUUGUUUUAAAACAACUACAACAACAUACGAUACAAGGUAAUCUUAUGCAAGGAAAAAGCACAGAAAAGCGUAGAGCUCAAAAACAUUAAACACAUACACAACACAGAAUCUAGCGCUAUUUAUCUGGUUGGAUGCAAUCACAAUGAAUGUAUGUUCCAUUUGUUCAACUAGAAUUUUACAAACAAGACAAACUGCAAAUAUUUGUUCAUAUGUGUGCAACAGAAAUAUUCAUUCUUAGAAGUGCUGCAGAUCGUGUCAUUCAUCGUGUCAAUAAUAACAAUAUUGAUACGCACAGUUUCCAUUGUACAAUACCUAUGUAAGCAGCUGAGCUGGAGAAAACAAACAUUAAAUGGUCACUAUCAAUUAGAGGAGGUACCACGUUAUACCUAACGACUUACCAAAAAGACAGCAAACUUAAACCGUUAGUACUGAUAGCAAACUGUUUUAUUUUUGCAUACAGGGUUUUUCUUAACGAAACUGAAUUGUCGUUUAUAGUUUGCUUUUACUUAUGCUUGCAAAAGAGCAGGAAGAAUGAAACAACAGAAGCAUAAAUUUAAUAAUGUGUACAUAUAUUUUUACAUUGUUCAAAACGUUUCUCUUCUCAAAACAAUCGGAUCGAUUAAAAAAACUAUAAAUUCUCAAGAAAAUUUGAAAUGAUAGAAACCGAACGAAAGUCGAUACGAGGAAUGCUUGUUUUUUUUUUGUUUUCGAGUAGCGUUUCAAAUAAAACUCAACCAACAGUGAUUUGCGAUAUUGCGUGCGCGGAUAUGAGAGAGCUGAGCGUCUUUUGCGAAUAAUUUGUUUUCCAAACUGCAAAAUGGAAGGAUUUUAAAUUCGCACAACUGUGGUGUAAAUGUAGCACAAAAAUCUUAUUUAUAUUCUGAAGUAACUUCCUAGGUGUAGCAUUUUCUGAAAAUUCAAGUUUGCGCGUCUUGAUAACAAAUAGAAAUAAAGUCAUAAAACGCGCUAAUGUUUUGAAGCCCA